UGUUUAACACGUGAAACUGAGAAUUCAUUUGCAAAUAGUGAUAGUGAUAGUUCAUAAUUUAGCCUUGGCGCGGCAAACCAUUACAAGAGAGCAGAGCUGAAAGUUUUAAACUUGCAAGGACUGCAAUGGCGACGUUUUAGUAAACCUUUUAAGUUUUAGCUAUCAAUACAGUUAACAUUAUUAGCAUAUAAUGGUAACCCUCUCUCGCAAUAUUUUCUCCUAUUUAGCAAAACAACUGUCUCAACACGCUCAAUCGUCACACCCGAUCCCAAACUUCAUUACUUUCUCUCAGAUUCAACAACACCUCGAAACCCACAUAGUCACCACCCUCGGUUCCUGCACCGAUAUCUCCCAAAUCAAACAAGUACAUGCCCACAUUCUCUCUAAUGGACUUGCCCAAUGUUGUUAUGUCAUCACCAAGCUUGUUCGCACCCUCACUAAUCUCAAUAUCCCCAUGGAUCCAUAUCCUCGCUCCAUUUUUAACCAGGUUAAGUUUCCUAAUCCGUUUCUUUAUUCUGCUGUUAUUAGGGGUUAUUCAAUUGAAGGGAUUUUGAGCGAGUCUGUUAAAGUUUAUAGCUUUAUGAGAAUGGAACAUGUUGGGCCUGUUUCUUUUACGUUUUCUGCUAUUUUUAAGGCGUGCGGGGCUGUUGGUGAUUUGCAUUUAGGGAGGCAGAUGCAUGCACAGUCGAUUUUGAUUGGUGGGUUUUGUUCUGAUUUGUUUGUUAGUAAUACUUUGAUUGAUAUGUAUAUAAAGUGUGGGGUUCUGGAAUGUGGGCGUAAGGUGUUUAAUGCAAUGCCUGAGAAGGAUGUAAUUUCUUGGACGGAGAUGAUUGUUGCUUAUGCUAAAAGCGGGGACAUGGAUUCUGCACAUGUUUUGUUUGAUGGUUUGCCUGUGAAGGAUAUGGUGGCUUGGACAGCUAUGGUUACUGGUUUUUCACAGAAUGCUAAGCCAAGAGAGGCAAUUCAAUUUUUUGAGAGAAUGCAGGAUGCUGGUAUUGGAACUGAUGAAGUUACUUUGGUUGGUGUUAUUUCAGCUUGUUCUCAAUUGGGUGCGGCUGAGUAUGCUGAUUGGAUUCGUGAUAUUGCUGAGAAGCAAUAUGGGUAUGAUUGGGGUUAUAGUGUUGUUUUAGGAUCAGCAUUAAUUGAUAUGUAUUCAAAGUGUGGGAGUGUUGAUUGUGCUUAUAAAGUUUUUAAGGGACUGAAGGAUAGGAAUGUGUUUUCUUAUAGCUCGAUGAUUAUGGGGUUUGCUAUGCAUGGUCGUGCUGAUGCUGCAAUUAAAUUGUUUCAUGAAAUGAUUAAAACUGGGACAGCACCAAAUAAGGUUACAUUUAUUGGCGUGCUUACUGCAUGUGUUCAUGCAGGUAUGGUGGAAGAAGGUAUGGAGAUAUUUGAAUCAAUGGAGAAAUGUUAUGGCAUUAAACCAUCAGCUGAUCUUUAUACUUGCAUUGUUGAUUUGCUUGGAAGAGCUGGACGUUUGAGUGAAGCACUAGAACUUGUUAAAACAAUGCCAGUUGAACCUCAUGCAGGAGUAUGGGGGGCACUGCUUGGAGCUUGCCGUAUCCAUGGGAAUCCCGAGAUUGCUACUAUUGCAGCUACCCAUUUGUUUAAGCUUGAACCUCAUGGUAUAGGAAACUAUGUCAUGCUUUCUAACAUAUAUGCAUUGUCUGGAAGGUGGCUUGACGUUUCAUGGGUAAGGAAACUGAUGAGAAGUAAAGGUCUCAAGAAGAAUCCUGGAUGUAGCUGGAUUGAGGCAAAGAAAGGAGUGAUUCAUGAGUUCUUUUCAGGGGAUAUGACCCAUCCCUUGUCUAAUGAGAUUAAGCAAGUGCUGAUGGAUCUUCUGGCUAGAUUGGAAGCUGAUGGUUACCAGCCAAAGCUCACUUCUGUGCCAUAUGAUUUAAAUGAUGAAGAAAAGAGACGUAUAUUAAUGACACACAGUGAGAAGUUAGCUUUGGCCUUUGGAUUGAUCAGUAUGGAUCCUGGUUGUGCCAUAAGAAUUAUGAAAAACUUGAGAAUAUGCGAAGACUGCCACUUAGUUAUGUGCGGUGCAUCCAAAAUUAUGGGGAGAGAGAUUGUUGUGAGGGAUAACAUGAGAUUCCAUCAUUUCCAUGACGGAACAUGCUCUUGUGGUAAUUUCUGGUGACUGAAGCUGGGUUUGGUUUGUUGUUGAGAUCACAGAGUGGCCAUUAGGAUCUUUUCUUCACAGAGUGAUGACAGAUUGGUCAUUAGGAUCAUUUCUCCACAUGGAUGGUUGGUUACAGUGCGAUCACUUGUGCAUAUUGCACAUGUUUCCUGCACCGAGAUUCAUUGUAUGCAUGCGCAUAACCAGGAUUUGAUUGCCAUAUUAGUUUUUUAUUUGCACAGGAAAAGCAUAUCCUUGAUACAUAAUGUGUAAGAGCGUCGAUGGUGUAUCAGAUACACUGUAUCCUAGGUGUUUCUUGCAGAUUUGGAGGCAUCUAUUCCUGAGCUUCAGUUCCUGACAGAAAAACACAUGGCAUGAUGCAAGUUUGUGUUUUUCUCUUUAAAGAAGGCAUUUGCUUGUUUUGGCAUAUUUGACCUUGGAAUGAGCAUAUAAAUUCUGUUCAGUCUGAAUAUUGUACAUCUUUAUAGUAGUCCCUGGAAAUGGCAAGUGGUUAGUUGAUGCAACCAGAUAUCAAACAUCUUCAAGCAAACUUUCUCAUUUAUGAUGUCUUCACCUGGAAAUGGCAAUGUGCACAUAAACACUUUCUCAUUUGUGAGGCAUGACGAGCAUGUGAUGUCUUCACCUUCAUGCCAAACUGUUCUCCUGCAGGUGUAACGCGAUUAAAUGAAAUUUCUUGAACCAUUGCCAUCUAUAUACUGUGGGGUAUAGCUACAUCAGCUAGGCCAAGUUAUAUGCAUGGAGAUAUAGCAUCGCCACUUCAAUGAGAUGGAAUAACUUGCAGCUCCCAGUGCAUGUAACUCAUUAAAAAGGUUCUCUUUCCCACUCUUGGCAUGUCACAAUUGGAUGCCUGAUUUUUGAAUAUGUCUUCUACGUUCUAACUACUUAAUUUGCUGAUAAAAAGUUAGUCUUCUGCCUGUUUAUUGUGAUUUUUUUUUGUUUUGUUUUUUUCCUUGGGGGUUAGAAUUUAGGGUAUAGUCAUAAGUUGGUAGCUAUGGCCUAUGGGGGCCAUACAGACAAACAGGCAUGUGAAGUUGUCUUCAUUUUGGAAGCACCAAAUUUUAUUGGCAGAUCUCUCAUGCAGCAAUAGCCAUUUCUGGCUUAUCUCAUGUAUGGACGUUUACAUACAUCUUUUGAUGCUUCCUCCACAUAAGUGCAAGGCAAAAUGGUUUAAGACAAAAAGAUGCGGCGGUCGUUUUGAUAUUCUAAACAAAACGUGUGUGCAUCCUUUAAUAGUUAUACUAAUUCGACACUCUUCCAUAACAAACAAACAACAUAGAAUUAAUAGAUUCUCGUUUCUUCGUUGCCUAUUGGGCCGGAAGAGAUGAAGACGACAACUACAUGUGGCCAUUUUUGAUGUUAUUCGAAGCCACUCAGUACCAAGAAUUAGGACUGAUGACGAAUAUUUAUCGCAAUAUAUCAGUAAGUCAAUGUUCAAGCAUUUGUUUUCUAAUGUAGGCUGCUGGAUUUCAUCUUAGUUUAAAGGAAAAGUUUCUUUAUGUGCAGAAUAUUAUUGAUUAUAUAUUAACUAUUUUUCUGGGAUUGUCAUGACUAUCUAUGAUUUGGAAUGUGGAUCAUAUAUAACAUAAUUUUUAGAACUACAAGAAUAAUAAUUAUUAUUAUUAUUAUUUUUUUAA